CCUGGUCUAACAGUGAGAGUACAACCACAAUAUGUAAAUAUCUCCUGUAGGUAGUCCUUGUUGAAAACAAGCAAAAUAUUUCACUUAUUUCCUGGCGUACAUAGAGGAACAUCACAAUUCCCACAGCACAAUCUGGGAGCAACCAGUGAAACCAGGUAAAAAUCUAUAAUGUCUCAUUACAGUAAUCAUUUAAUUUGCAGCAGCUAAGAGAAAAUGUGAAAUAUAUUUUGUAUCUUUGAAAUCUUGUUUUUUAGUCAUGUUGGGUCACAUCAAUCUAUCUGACUUGUAUGAACAGAACGUGAUCUCCUUACAUUAGUUUGUCUCGGUAUGAAGUAUUUGUAGAUGUGCAAGGUUGAUGCUUACAUUGAUACAUAAAGUUAGUGCUGUGUCUUUUGGCUUAUCAUCCAAGUUGUAUAACAGGAAUAGAUCGAAUUGAUCUGAAUGUGUCUAUCUUCAUGACCCAAUCAUCUGAAGAAAUGGAUUUGUUGUCCUAACACUAUAUAGUUCUGGGCGACUGGCAUGCAUUUCAGACCGGAUUACCUGAUUGGUGGCUUUGACUGGUGGUGGGUUGAAAUGUUCCACCUUUGUGAUGUCUGAUGCUGGUGGUUCUUUUCAGCUCCCAGGAUGUCUGGCUCUUCUGAGCACAGGGAGCUGGAUAGGAUCUCCUUGGAGAUGAACCAACUGUCAUUCAGGAGGCAGCAACUGAUCGAUCGCAGGAACAUGCUGACCAUCCUGCAGGAGUUCAGGAACCGCACCAACCGCAGUAGCACAGAUGGCUCCAAGGAGCAGACUGAGAUUCAAUGCCUUGAUAAGGAACUGCAGGAGCUGUCUGAGAAGAAGAGAGAGCUGCAGGAAAGGCAAGAUAACAUUCUCCAUUCCAAGGACCAAAUAAAAGAGUGCAUCAUCAGUCAGGGGGGUGUAUCUGUUCUCCCUGACCCCUCUGUUGUCUUUGUUGAAGCUCCACCCUCUAUACCAGCUCCGGAGGUCAUCCUGGACAUCCAGAAACUUCCUCCCUGCUCAGCUCAGACCCAGUGCCCACAGUGUCGACAGUUCAUCACCACAGAGAUUGUCACUUCAAUAGGCAAUGUGGCCUGUCUGGUCUGUGUCACAAUGUCUAUACUUGGCUGUGUGGCUGGCUGCUGCCUUAUCCCUUUCUGCAUUGAUAACUUCAAAGAUGUCACACAUAGAUGUCCUAAGUGUCGAAGUCCAAUAAUCACCAUCAAAAAGCUCUGAGGUAAGGGCCCACAUGUACACAGAGACUAAUAAACAGGUCUCAGACUGGGCUUGGACAUCCCCUCUUGUGAUGAUGAGGCAUCUACCAUGAAUCUGAGGUGACCCAUUUGGGGUUCAGUAGACACCCUGUCCCAUCCUGCAGGUAUAGGACAGCAGUGGAUGAGGAGGAAAUGGACAAUGAAUGUUGAAUGGAGCCAAGCCAUAAUGAAACAUGUUCUGCUGAGUGAGAAGUGAUCCUAAAUUCCCAACAACUGUACUGUGGUCAGUGUCACUCCCACCACUCCUGUGAUCAUCGUCGUCAUCCUGUACAUUUUAAGUUAGUAUGUAUCGCAUUGUUCUUGAAAUAAAAUGUCUUUAUCGAUGCAAUUUAUUAGAGAAACUGCAUUAAAUUGUUUAUUUUAA